CUGUACAUGGACAUUUAACAAUGCUGCUAGAAAUUUUUUUGAAAAAACACCAGUGGAUGGUGGAUCUUCAAAGCUCUCUAGAUAAGGUUGAAGAGCUUCAAACUACCAAAGAAAACAUUGAUAUUGCUAAUGUUAGGCAUUUGCUGCUUCAUUCACAGACUACAUCUGAUGAUGUUCAAGAACCACUGUCCGGCACACAAUUUCUAUCAGACGAGAUUGAGAAACUUAAGAUCGAGUUCAGCCAGCAAAGAACACAGCUUGAACAAAAACAUUCUCAAGAAAUUGAACACUUAAGAUUCUACUUCCAGCAACAGUUAAAGGAAAAGGAAGAACGAUACACUACAGAGAUAAUUCAUUUACAAGGACAACUUCAGAAUGUCAGUGACAGCUCUCCACAAUUUAGUGAUUUGUCUGAAAGUCAAUCAGAAGUGAGUUUACAAGAAUCUGACAUUUUAAAUGCUGUGUAUGAGCCAGUUGCUGAUAUUUCAAAGAUGAAUGAGUCUGCAGUAAAAGAAGAUAAACCUAUAAAUAAAUGCAGUGGCAUUAUUUAUCAGCAGUUGCAAAAUUUGAGACAAGCUUUAAGCGCAAAGUAUGUAGAAGAAGUGGAGACCCUGAAAAAACAGCAUGACACGGAAAUAUUGCAACUGACAAUAGAUCUCAAAGAGAAAUAUAGUCAUGAAAAUGCGACUCUAAAGCAAGAGUUGGCAAAGAGUAAGCGUGGAAAUAUGAAUGGGAGCUUCCAAGAGCAUUCGAGUUUACUCAGAGACAUUGAAGAAAAGAAACAUAUGGACAUAAAUCAGUUGCUGGAAGAACGUUAUCAUGAAAGAAUAGAGGAAGAAAUUGCACGAGUUAUUGUUGAGAUGACAAUAGCAUUUGCCCAGAAAACUGAACUUGCAAGGCUAGCUGCUAUAAAGAAUGGUGAAAUAGCCGAGCAACAAGAGGACAGGGAGAACCUUGAUACCGAGGAUUCUGAUCAUGACGGUGGCAGAUGUAUGAUUAGUGAAGAGCACCAACAUCAGCUGCAAUCAAUUGAUUUGACAUCACAAGUGGAGAUCCAGAGAGCUUUAUCAGAACAUGAUUUUAGUGGAGUAGAAUUAGUUGUCAUUCAGUCAUCAGAGACCUCAUUAAGCACAGAGAAGGAUGAUGUUCCAAGUCUAAAACAUCUAGACCAAAAUGUUCCUCAUGUGAAAACUGUUGUUCUCAAAGAAGACGACUAUAACCAGAUGGUUGCAAUGGGUGCGGAAAGUGCAAAACUGAGGCUUUUGUAUGAGGAGCGUGUGGAAGACAUGAGGCAGGAGCUGGUGAGGCAGGAACAGGAAUACCAACAGGCAACUGAGGCCUUGAGACUGUCUCAUAUGUCACAGCUAGAAAGGCAAAUGUACGACCAGGAGCAACUGCUUGCUGAGCUUCAUAUGCUCAGGACACAGCUAGCUGAGACUGCUUUAGUAAUUAAUGAAAACCAGGCCACAGAAAGAGAAAAAAUGCUGUUGGAAGAGUUGGAAUCACUGAAAAAGCCAUGCUGGAAGAGCACAGAGAAGCAGGAUAACGCAACCCAGACACAGCUUGCUCAGGAUGAAACUGCCACUCAGGCAGAAAGCAAAGACCUAACCUUGGAGGGUGGGCACGUUGGGGAAGGACAUGAGGAAAGCAAAGACACCCCUUCUACAGACCUCACCUCUGAAAGCUUAAAAAAAGCAAAUAAGCAGCUCCUGAAGAUUCUUUUUGAAAUAGUUAAGACAACAGGUGCAGUGGAGGAAACUAUAGGAAGACAUGUAAUUGGGCUGCUGGACAAAUCUGGGAGACAACAUUCUACAUCCAAAUUAUUUGCUUGGAGUCUAGAACCAGAAAAUCCAAAAGUAGAGCGUGUCAUUGAGAUCCCUAUUGCAGAUCAUGCUGUAGAAGUGGCUGACACUGCUACUGCUAAGGAUAAAAGCAUCUGGUCAGGGGUAGCAGAGGAGAGACUGGACCUACCACUGCCACUUACAGAUGUUGAGUUUGCUGGUUUGAAUUUAAACCCAGAAGAUGAAGCCCAAGUUCUUAACAUCAGCAUCCGUCUCCAAGCAGCUGUGGAAAAACUCUUAGAAGCCAUCAAUGAAACAAGUAAUCAG